AUGAGAUUUACUUUUGGCUUCACAGAUGACCCUUUUGACAAGCCUCCAUGCCGAGGCUGCUCCUCGUACCUCACAGAGCCCUACGUUAAGUGUGCUGAGUGUGGGCCUCCUCCCUUCCUCCUCUGUCUGCAGUGCUUCACACGAGGAUUUGAAUACAAGAAACAUCAAAGUGAUCAUACUUAUGAGAUAAUGACUUCUGAUUUCCCUGUCUUGGAUCCUAACUGGACAGCUCAAGAGGAGAUGGCUCUCCUGGAAGCUGUGAUGGACUGUGGAUUUGGAAACUGGCAGGACGUGGCCAACCAGAUGUGUACCAAAUCCAAGGAGGAGUGUGAGAAGCAUUAUAUGAAGCACUUUAUCAACAAUCCCUUGUUUGCCUCCACGCUGCUGAGCCUGAGGCAGGCGGAGGAGGCGCAGCACAGCGAAACCGCCAUCCCUUUCCACCCUGCUGAUGAUCCCCCACGGCCAACUUUUGACUCCUUGCUCUCCAGGGACAUGGCUGGGUACAUGCCAGCGAGAGCUGACUUUGUUGAGGAGUUUGACAACUAUGCUGAAUGGGAUUUGAGAGAUAUUGAUUUUGUAGAAGAUGAUUCAGACAUUUUGCAUGCUCUGAAGAUUGCAGUUGUAGAUAUCUAUCAUUCCAGGUUAAAGGAAAGACAGAGAAGAAAAAAAAUUAUAAGAGAUCAUGGCCUCAUCAACCUCAGAAAAUUUCAGAUUUUGGAAAGGCGAUACCCAAAGGAAGUUCAAGACCUUUAUGAAACAAUGCGGCGGUUUGCACGGAUUCUUGGGCCGAUGGAGCACGACAAGUUCAUCGAAAGCCACGCGUUGGAAUUUGAGCUGCGGAGGGAAAUAAGGCGGCUGCAGGAAUACCGAGCAGCAGGAAUCACCAACUUCUGCAGUGCCAGAACCUAUGACCACCUGAAGAAGAGCAGGGAGGAGGAACGCCUGAAGCGCACGAUGCUCUCCGAAGUCCUGCAGUACAUCCAGGACAGCAGCGCCUGCCAGCAGUGGCUCAGCAGGCAGGCAGACAUUGACUCCGGCCUGAGCCCCACGGUACCAGCUCCUUCAAAUUCAGGCAGACGGAGCGCCCCGCCGCUGAACCUCACAGGGCUCCCGGGCACCGAGAAGCUGAACGAGAAGGAGAAGGAGCUCUGUCAGAUGGUGAGGUUGGUCCCUGGAGCCUAUUUAGAGUAUAAAGCUGCUUUGGUGAACGAGUGUAACAAACAAGGAGGCCUGAGACUGGCGCAGGCUCGAGCGCUCAUCAAGAUCGAUGUGAACAAAACCAGGAAAAUCUACGACUUCCUCAUCAGAGAAGGGUACAUCACAAAAGCCUGAGGACAGACCUCGGUGCCUCGGCUGCAGCAGACAGAUGUGGAGAAGCUUUGAAGUCACUUUGGCAACACAAAGAUUUUAACAGCGUCGAAUGAAGGACGGUUCCUUUUGUUUAAAAUCUUUUGGGGCUUUUUUUGAUUUUUUUGUAGAAACAAGCAGGGAGCUUUGUUAAACCCUGUGAAUGCUGACAUUUCUUUGUCUGCUUUCCUUUUGCCUCUGCUGUUUAACACUGCUGUUGUCAGAAUUACGCUGCCACAUAGUGCUGGGAAGAAUCAUAU